UCCUGUUCUACUUUGACGAUGGAAUCAAGUUCUCUGUAAUAGUUCUCGUUAUGUAAUACUGAGCUGUUAUCGAGACACGGCAAAUCUUUCCAUCCUGUCCUUAACAUGAUCUCGAAGAUCAAAACUACGUUGUCGAGGUCGGAGGUGUCUUGGCCAACAUAUUUGUGUGUGUGUGUGUUUGGCAUUGGAUCAUGGAUCGCAAUCAAUGGACUUUGGGUAGAACUUCCUCUUCUCGUCAACCGUGUACCCGAAAAAUGGAAUCUCCCGUCGUAUCUAACAAUCAUUGCCCAACUAGCAAAUAUAGGCCCGUUGAUAUUCUCAAUUGGCAACCGUUUAGCGCCAAACCAAGUCACAGAAAAGCCUGUAAUUUUAUUGAUUUUGAGUAUAGGAGCAACUUCUUGUGUCUUGUUGUCAAUAUUUUGGGACAGGACCAGUUUGCUGUUUGGUGUUGAACACAGCACAGCGUUGUUACUCUUGUCGUUUAGCUUGGCUAUUGUGGAUUGUACUUCAUCAGUUGUGUUCCUGACGUUUAUGGCUACCUUUAAAACGGAAUACAUAACUGCACUUUUUGUAGGAGAGACUUUGAGUGGAAUGCUACCAGGAUUCAUAGGUCUUGCACAAGGAAUAGGGGAACAACAAAAAUGCUUCACAAAUACUACCAAUAACACACACACAGUCUCACAAAAUGCCCAAGAAAAUUUUGGGCCUAGUGCUUUUUUCUUGUUUUUGUUUGGAAUGAUGUGCCUCUGUGCUGUUGCAUUCCUGAUAUUAAACUAUAUGCCAUUUGCCAAAACACAGCAUGUUAAAGUACCCCUGACCAGGGGUUUACGACAGAGGGCAGUGAGUGAAGAUGAAAGACAGUCCUUGUUGGGGGUAGAUUUUCUAGACAGGGAUGACGUAUCAGAAACAUGUCCUGGAAUAUUUGGACGUUCUUGUCGCCGACGCACAUGGCAAGGGUUUAUAUACUUGCUGGUAAUCCAGGCAUGGAUCAAUUGUCUUGCUAAUGGUGUGUUAACAUCUGUACAGGCUUAUGCUUGUAAACCUUAUGGUAAUAAGGCAUAUCACUUAGUUGUAACACUGACCUCUAUUGCAAGUGCAUUUACAUGUUUUAUUGCAUUAUGGCUGCCGAGUCGAUCGGCUGUUCUCGUCACAGUUUUCUCAGUUCUUUAUACGCUACUGAGUGCUUUUGUUUUGGUCUUAGCCUCGUUAAGUCCAACACCUCCUCUCCAUGGCACUCUUCUUGGCUCUAUCAUUGUGGUUAGCGUCAGUGUACUAAGUGGAGGCCUUGUGAGCUACACCAAGUUAACGAUAUGUUCCAUCAUGAGAGAGAUAGGCCAGAGAGCUUUAUUUUGGUGUGGGAUUGCCAUUCAGACAGGGUCAUUUUUGGGUGCAAUUAUAAUGUUCCCUUUAGUGAGUGUGGCUAAGGUAUUUCAUCAGGCCAAGGAUAGCUGUUAGGCAUAAUGACUUACAUUGCCAAGUCAAACAAAGUUCUAUAAUGAAUUAGUAACUAUAACUAUAAGACAAAAGAAAUGGAAUUACAGGGGUGUAGGAGCCAGGACUAUAACCCCAAAUUUAUGGAAAAUACUAAAAUACUCACAUUAAUUAACUAAAUUCUUACAUUCAAAAAUAAGAGAAGCACGAUGCAUGCUAGUCUCCUAGCAUUAGUAGUCUCCUACCCAGCCACUAUUAGUGUCGUCAAGCUGAGUACAUAGGGGAGUGAGUGUUGCGUGGCAACACUAAAAGCUGCUAGGAGGAGACUAGGCAUAAGCUUUCUAUUCCAUAAUGUGCAACCAUGCGUAAUAAUUAGUAUAAAAGUAGGGAGAACACAUGCAUAGUUGCAUAAUCGGUGAAGGGUAAUUUCUGGAAUUACACAUUUCAGAGAAAUUUCGUUAUUGCGGUCAAGCCAGUCAUYUAUAAACAUCUCACUCAAGCCUUUCAUUUAAAAACUUUUUUAAACACAUAAUCAAAAAUACAGUUGCAUUGCUAUCAUAGGUAAUUGAAGAACACAAACAAUGAAGGAAUUGAAAUACUCUAUUUAUAAUUAA